GGAAGGGCGUUUAGUUAGUAGUUUCACCGUUCAGCUUAUCUUGACUUGGCGUUCGAGGGCCUAGGAAAUACACAACUCUCUAAAAGUUAUUGUAACAUAUUAGAAAAGCAGGUAUUUUUUAUUUUAUUUUUAGAAAAGUGGAAUAUUUUGGAAGACUUCUAUCGUUUCAGAGUGGAUAUGUUGACCUUUGUCUUUGUGUGCCUCUCUAUCUCAGUCUCAGGUCUACAGGCCCAGUUUACAGUUACUGUUGCUAAUCCCUCAGUAAAAGUAAAGGAGAAUGAGGGAGCUGACUUGAAAUGUUCCUACACCGCUGACUUUGGAGCAAACCCCAGAGUAGAAUGGAAGUUCAAGGAUCUCAAGGGCUCUCAGUCAUUCAUUUACUUUGACAACAAGCCAACUGCUCAGUAUGCAAGCCGUAUCACUGUGUAUUCUGGAGGACUGAGAUUUAACAAGGUGACGCGAGCAGACACUGGAGACUAUGACUGUGAGGUGUCUGGAAAUGAUGGAUAUGGAGAGAAGACAGUCAAACUCACUGUCCUUGUGCCUCCUUCCAAGCCCGUAUCAAGAAUUCCUUCAUCAGUCACAACAGGCAGUAACGCCCUUCUUACCUGUGUCGACAAUGAUGGCUCUCCCCCACCCACCUAUAAAUGGUACAAAGACAACACUCCCCUCCCUGACGAUCCCAGCAAGUUCCCCUCUUUUAAAAACCUCACCUACAAGAUGAACGUUUUCAAUGGUAACCUGGAGUUCCCGAGUGUGUCUAAGCUGGAUAUCGGUUCAUAUUUCUGUGAGGCCACUAAUGGAGAAGGUGCCCCUCAGCGUGGUGAUGCAGUGCGGAUGGAUGUCCGUGAUCUAAAUGUUGGUGGUAUUGUUGCUGGGGUCAUCGUGGCUUUGCUGGCAGUAGGGUUGCUCAUCUUUGCUCUCUGGUUUGCCAAUAAAAAGGGAUAUCUACCAAAAAUGGCUGAAAGCAAGCCGAAAACACAAGCUGUUUAUACCCAGCCUAGAGCAGAUGAGGGGGAUGAUGGAGAUGGGGAAUUCAGACAGAAAUCAUCUUUUGUGGUGUAGCCUGUGCUGCUUUGGAUGAAUUGUCAAGAUUCGUUGCCUAGAUCAAUUUUUUUUUCUAUUGAAGUUCAUACAAAUCAGGAUCUGUUUGUGUGUGAAGAGUGUGACAUCAAAUGUGCCUCCCUGCCCAUACCACACUAGUUGACCAUAGAGAUGCCCAAAAGCUUUAAUCAUAAAUGUGUUUGCAGUAGUUUAAAUUUACAUAUUUAGUUUCAGCAAUCUAAAUAAUGUGUCUCUUUUGCUGCAAUGAAUUGAAAUGUAAUUUAUUGAACUAUGAGUAAUUUGUGAGUGGAAAUUAACAAAUUUAAAGGGUUUAUUAUCAAUCCUUUAUUAACAUAGUAUACUCAAGUAAUAUUAUUUUGUUUAGUUAUUUAUGGCUUGAGGCAUCUAAGGCUAAUUCUAUGUUAUUCUUUGCUAUGGUAUGAAAGCUGGGGAAAAGAAGGUACUAUGAAUGUUCCCCAAUCAGGAAAUAAUCCCCCUCUCCUUGAUAUAAACAUUUGCUGUACAUUGUAGUCAUCAUUUGUUGUUUGUUUACUUCACUGAUUUUUUUUAUGAUAGUGUACUUUGUGUUUUUAUGUCUUUUGUACUUCAUUCAUGAUAUGUAAAUAGUUCUUUGUGGUUUUUAUUGGAUGUUAUAGAAUUUAAAAUCAUGCUUUAUUGACCUCCUUUAAAUUGUUCAACUGGAAACAAAUUACAAAACUGUUUUUCUUGUUUGAUUGAAGUUUUAAUGUCUUACUUGAUCCUGUUCUUCCAAUAAACUAAACCUACUUAUUAUGACUUAUGCAAUAUAUGUAAUGCUGCUGACAUUCCUCCAUUAGCAGGUCCACCCAGUCUGCUCAAGCAGAAAUCUCCUUGUGAUUGUGAAAUUAAGCAAUGUUAUCUGUGGUUGUCUGAACAAUAUGACUCUUUUUGAACUAUCACUUUUCUAUCACGUAGGUUGAGAGUAUGAAUGAAUAUAUUUAUUUUCAAGUUAUUUCUUGAUGUGUCAAUAACCUCAUGAGAACUAAAAUAUUUUGAAUAUGACCACUAGGAGGCAGUGUAGGACCACAAUAAAUGCACAGCUUUGUAAAACUGUCGAAAUUGACUUACCAUUGGCAUGUAUCUGUGAGAUUCAACAUGAUGUCUGCAACAUAAAAAAAAUAAUAAAAUGAUUUUCAUUGGG